GAUCAUUAAAUCCAAGGAAGGCCCCUCCCCUUCGCAACGGAACCUUUCUGGAGAGGCUUGAAGACCUGGGGGGGACUGGUCCGUCGCUGCACCGGUCCCCCGUAAAGCCUCCCGUUGCUGUAGGCCUCAGGCCCGAUCAAGGUCCGCUUUGCCGGUGUCGCCCGAGGCCCAAGCCGAGAUGCGGCUGCUAAGAGGCGGGCUGGGCUUCCUGCUGCGGCCGGGGCUGUGCCGUGGGCCCGACCGGCCCCUCUACCAGCAGGGCCAGAGCCCUUCGCCCCGCACCCGCGAGUACUUCUACUACGUCGACCACCAGGGCCAGCUUUUCCUGGAUGACGCCAAGGUCAAGAACUUCAUCACCUGCUUCAAAGAUAAGCAGUUCCUUGCCUUCUUCUUCAAGCAACUCAGGGUUAACCAGAGCGGGCGCUACGAGGACACCUUCCCCUACCUCUCCCCCUGCGGCCGGGAGCACAACUACAUCCGCUGCGACGACCGGCCCGUCGUCUUCACCCACCUCUUGCAGGGCGCCUCCGGCGAGGAGCUUCUGUCCUACUGCGGCGGGGCAGACAGACUGACCACGCCCUUCCAGCCCGAGAGGCUGCUGAUGCUCCCGGAGAACGGACGCGUCUACCACCCUGGCCCCGAAAAGGCGGGCGGCGUGGGGCUGGUGAAGUCUUCCUUGGCCUUUGAGCUGAGCCCCCACUUUGAGUACGAGCGGGGGCCCCGCCAGCCCCCCACCCAUUUCCACUGGCGAGACAAGCGCCACGCCCUCACCAACGAACUGCUGCCGUUCAUCCGAGGCCAGGACAAGGGGGCCUAGUGGUGGAUCUUGCACGGCUCCCAGCUGACAACCCGCUGCCUCAGUCGCGCGGAAACCGCGGUCACCCACCUGUGUGGCCCCCACAGCAGUGAGAGGACCGUGCAUCCCAUAAUUCCAGGUUUAUCCAAGCAGCCAGCGGGACGCUUUCGCUCCAAGGUAGCUGUCUUCUGACAGUCUGUUAGGAUGAGGCGAUUCUGAGUCCUACGGGAUCCGCUCAAAUAUUUGUGGGAUCCUAUGUGAGGCUUGGUGGACCUUCAGCCAGUGGAAACCACAAAGCCCAUUCACAGUUGAGAACCGAUGGAGCCAGGCCGUGGGGCACUGCUGAGCAGCAGCGUAGGCGGGGCACACCCCCCCUGGCCUUACUCACUUGCAAGAGCGCUGGGGUAUCUACCGACAUGCACGCUGUCCCUUGGGACUCUCUCUUCCUUGGGCUGUCAUGAUUUAUUGGUUUGUUUGUUUAGGAAAUCUGCCCUGAAGUUCGGGUAAAAUACAGUUGCAAUAAACCAGUCAAGGUAAGACCGUAAAA